CGCUUGCUACGGUCGGCGCUGUGUCUCCCGCCCAUUCCAAGGGGUCACAGCCCCGCGAGGACGUGGAGAGAUCGGCCAUCGCCUGGCUCCGGGAGCGGCGCCAUCUCGAGUUGAUCAAAGAGGAAGAUUGCGACGCCCGUGCCUCUUUCGUCCGUAAGAUCCUGUCGGUGGGCCUGCCGGAGGAGGGACGCACGGCCGGGGCGGGCGGGUUGUCCGGCCCGAUUCGCCCCCAACCCGGUUGCGGGGCGCGGGCGCAAGGAAGGCCGACGCGCGUGCACUCGGUCUGCCAGAGUAGCGAGCCCAGGCCAAGCGGGCCGCUUUCGAUCAUUCUCUCGCGCGGCGCUGCCCUACUUCGGGAAUCUUAUGGAAACCUUGUGCCAAGGCGUGUGGGUGACGACGCACGAGCAGGAAGCGCCGGCGGUCGUGAAGCGGGCGCGAGCGUAUUGAGGAAGUGGGCCACGUCGAAGAGUUCCGGGGCGAGGUCCUCUUAGUCGAGGCGGACUACGCGAGAAUGGAGGCUCUUUCGGGUUUUAUUUUCUGGCCGUGUGGGUCUUGCGGUCGGUGGAAAAAUGCAAGACCCCGACUGCCCUGCUUCCGGCCGGCGCCCUGUCCUGCCCCGUCGCGAGCAGCAGGGGCCCGCCCGGCCCGCGCUUGGGUUGUGGCCUGGUGUUGUGUCGCCCCUAUCUGUGCCCGGUUCGUUGUCAGCGUGGGCGCGCGCCCGCAGGGCGGGCCCCGGUGACUUUGGGUCGCCUCUGUAUCUGAUCACGCACGGCCUGGCCCCACGCUCCGCAACGGCCCGAGCGACUGGGCCGGCAGGCGGGUCCUUGAAGGUGUGGCCGUGCAGGUUGUGUUGGUUGGGGAGGCGGCCUGUUUUGCCUCCCCAUCUCUCUGUCCCUGCGUGUCUGCUCGCUGCCAGUUGCGCUCGGGCGAAAAAUAUGCCCGCCGGCGACCGAGCGGCACCUUUUCGACAGUGUAGACGGGAUUCGGUCCCGCUUUCGGUUUGUCCCCUACUCUGUGUGACUUUCUGA